AUGUCUCUGCGAGGGGCAGCGGGGGCUGACGAGCUGGUUUUCUGUGUGAAUGGGAGGAAGAUAGUAGAGAAAAAUGCUGAUCCUGAGCAAAUGCUGUUGUCUUACCUGCGAAAGAGACUCCGUCUUACAGGAACUAAGUAUGGCUGUGGAGCAGGUGGCUGUGGUGCCUGCACAGUGAUGAUAUCAACUUACGAGCCAGCUUUGAAGAAGAUACGACAUUAUUCAGCAAAUGCAUGUUUGCUUCCCAUUUGCUCCUUGUAUGGUGCAGCAGUGACCACAGUGGAAGGUGUUGGAAAUACAAAAAACAGGGUUCAUCCAGUUCAGGAAAGGCUUGCCAAGUGCCAUGGCUCGCAGUGUGGUUUCUGCACCCCUGGAAUGGUGAUGUCCAUAUACACUUUGCUAAGAAACCACCCAGAACCAACUUCAGAGCAGAUGAUUGCAGCUCUGUCUGGGAACUUGUGUCGCUGUACUGGAUAUAGGCCAAUCCUAGAUGCCUGUAAAACCUUCUGUGAGGAACCUGUUUGUCAUCGAAAGCAAGCAAAUGUGAAGUGUUGCUUGGGACAGGAAGAUGAUUUGUUUGACACAGAAGAGAAGGUUUCCACCAGACUAUUUUCAACAGAUGAAUUUCAGCCAUUAGAUCCCACUCAGGAGCUUAUAUUUCCUCCAGAACUAGUGAGAAUGGCUGAAAAUCAGCCAAAACGUACUCUGUUUUUCCAUGGAGAGCGGAUGGCAUGGAUUUCUCCUGUAAGCUUAGAUGAAUUACUGGAUCUGAAAGCUGCCCACCCCAAGGCACCUCUUGUGGUUGGGAACACCAGUCUGGGACCUGAGAUGAAAUUUAGAGGUGUGUUCCAUCCAGUUGUUAUUGCUCCUGCAAGGAUCCCAGAUCUGAAUGUGGUGAAGUGCACAGAUGACGGGUUGACUCUGGGAGCUGCCUGCAGCCUCGCUCUAGUGAAAGACACCUUGACAAAUGCAAUCUCAGAGCUCUCUGAAGAGAAGAGAAAGAUUUUCUGUGCUGUUGUGCAGCAACUGAGAACUCUGGGUGGAGAACAGAUAAGGAACGUUGCUUCAUUAGGUGGAAACAUCAUGAGUAGAAAAUCAGCUUCAGACUUGAAUCCUGUAUUGGCAGCCAGCAACUGUAUGCUCAAUGUAGCCUCAAGAGGACGAAAGCGACAGAUCCCUUUGAGUGAUGUUUUUGCAGAUGGGGACAACACCAUUACACCAGAAGAGAUCUUAGUCUCUGUCUAUAUUCCCCAUUCUAGGAAGGGGGAGUAUGUCUCUGCAUUUCGACAAGCACCAAGACGGGAAAAUGCUCUCUCAAUAACCAAUGCUGGGAUGAGAGUCCUUUUUGAAGAAGAUACAGACAUAAUAAAGGAGUUAAGCAUUUUCUUUGGAGGUGCUGUCUCAACCACCGUCUGUGCAAAACAAACUUGUAGGAUGCUUAUUGGAAGACACUGGAAUGAACAAAUUUUGGAUGAAGCUUGCAGACUACUUCUGAAAGAAAUUGCUCUUCUAGGCUUAGCCAGUGGUGACAAAGUAGACUAUAAGAAAACUUUGAUAGUCAGUUUCUUCUACAGAUUUUUCCUGGAAGUAUCGCAGUCAUUAAAGACCAUGGAUCCUUGCCUCUACCCUGGCAUACCUAUGGAAUAUAUAAGUGUCUUACGAGACUUCACAACCAAAAUGCCCCAGAGUAUCCAACUAUACCAGGACACAGAUGCAAGUCAGUCUCCCCAGGAUCCCAUUGGACGGCCCAUUAUGCACCAAUCUGGAAUUAAGCAUGCCACUGGUGAAGCAGUCUACAUUGAUGACCUUCCUUCUGUGGAUGGGGAGCUCUUCCUGGGUGUCGUCACUAGUUCCAGAGCUCAUGCAAAGAUUGUAUCUAUAGAUACCUCAGAGGCUCUAAAAGGACCGGGUGUGUUUGACAUCAUAACAGCCCAGGAUGUACCGGCUACAAAUGAGUUUUACUACUCCAGUGAUCCAGAGAUUGUAUUUGCAAGAAACAAGGUGAUUUGUGUGGGUCAGAUUGUCUGUGCUGUGGCUGCAGAUUCAGAUGUUCAUGCCAAACAAGCAGCUGCAAAAGUGAAGAUAGAGUAUGAGGGGCUGGAACCAGUGAUCUUAACAAUUGAGGACGCUAUAAAGCACAACUCGUUCUUUGAGCCAAAAAGAAAAUUAGAGCAUGGAAAUGUUGAUGAGGCAUUUGAAGCUGUUGAUAAUAUAAUUGAAGGGGAGAUUCACAUUGGGGGACAGGAGCACUUUUACAUGGAGACUCAGAGUGUGCUUGCAGUUCCAAAGGGUGAGGAUAAAGAAAUGGAUUUGUAUGUGUCAACACAGCAUCCAGCAAUUAUCCAGGAGAUGGUAGCUGCCAGUUUAGGUGUUCCAGCCAACAGGAUCAUGUGCCAUGUUAAACGAGUUGGCGGAGCUUUUGGUGGGAAACUCCUGAAAGCUGGCUUACUGGCAUCACUUGCUGCAGUGGCAGCAAACAAAACCAGCAGAGCAGUCCGUCUUGUUCUGAGCCGUGGGGAUGAUAUGUUAAUCACUGGUGGCCGACAUCCUUUUAUUGGUAAAUACAAAGUUGGCUUCAUGAAUGAUGGUAGGAUCAGAGCUCUGGAUGCCAAAUAUUACAUUAAUGGGGGAUGCACUCCUGAUGAGUCUGUCGUGGUAGCAGAAGUGUCCUUAUUAAAAAUGGACAAUGCAUACAAGAUCCCCAACUUGAGAUGCUGGGCUUAUGCCUGCAAAACAAACUUACCAUCAAACACAGCAUUCAGAGGGUUUGGCUUUCCCCAGUCAGCACUGGUGACAGAGACUUGGAUAACAGCAGUUGCGGAAAAAACCAAUUUAUCACCAGAAAAGGUUAGGGAAAUAAAUAUGUAUAAGGAAGAGGAGCAGACACACUUCAAACAAAAGCUCGAUCCACAAAACUUAAUACGGUGUUGGAACGAAUGUAUGGAGAAAUCUGCAUACAAAAGGAGGAAAACAGCUGUCAGUGAAUUUAACAAACAAAAUUACUGGAAGAAAAAAGGGAUUGCCAUUGUCCCACUCAAGUUUCCAUUUGGACUAGGCACGCGUUAUCUUUCUCAGGCUGCUGCUCUGGUCCAUAUUUAUACUGAUGGGUCUGUGCUUCUAACACAUGGUGGAAUUGAAAUGGGGCAGGGUAUCCACACAAAAAUGAUCCAGGUUGCUAGUCGGGAAUUGAAGAUCCCCAUGUCAUACAUUCAUUUCUGUGAAACGAGCACAACAACUGUUCCCAAUGCCUGUGCCUCAAUAGGCUCUGCAGGGACAGAUGUCAAUGGCAUGGCUGUGAAGGAUGCUUGCCAAACUCUUCUGAAACGCCUGCAGCCAAUUGUCAACAAGAACCCAAAAGGGACCUGGAAUGAUUGGAUUAAAGAAGCCUUUGAACAGAGUGUGAGUCUUUCAGCUACUGGCUACUUCAGGGGUUACAAUGAAAGCAUGGAUUGGGAGAAAGGGGAAGGACAGCCAUUCACAUAUUUUAUUUAUGGAGCUGCUUGUUCUGAGGUUGAAAUUAACUGUUUAACCGGAGAUCACAAGAACCUCAGAACAGACAUUGUUAUGGACAUUGGAUGCAGCAUCAAUCCAGCUGUGGAUAUAGGGCAGAUUGAAGGUGCCUUUGUUCAAGGCAUUGGACUGUACACAAUGGAGGAAUUAAAGUACUCUCCAGAAGGAGUUCUCUGUACUCGAGGUCCAAAUCAGUAUAAGAUCCCUGCUGUUUGUGACAUUCCAGAGCAUUUUAGUGUUUCUCUGCUGUCAUCAUCCCAAAAUCCACAUGCCAUUUAUGCAUCCAAGGGCAUAGGUGAGGCAGGACUUUUCUUGGGAUGCUCUGUGUUCUUCGCUUUGAGAGAUGCAAUAACCAGUGUGAGGAAUGAGAGGGGACUGAAAAAGCCCUUUGCACUGAACAGCCCUCUGACUGCUGAACAGAUACGGGCAAGCUGUGCAGAUGACUUUACGGAGAUGGUGACAAACAUCGAAUCUGCUUCCUCCGCUCUUUGA